GGGUAGAUACUAAUAUGUUAACUUUUCUAUUUUAAACCUGUGUUAAAUUUAAUUACACUUGUUAGUUUAUCGGUAUUUUUAGUCUCAAGGAACGGUGGCAGUGGGGUUUGAACAAAAGGAUAAUCUAAUUACUUCCUUUGCUUUUGACUCUGGCUUCAUGUAAAUGGAGAAAAGGUUUAACUCAUGUUAUAUUCUGCACAUCUUAGCCAGAUUCUAUGGAUCAAAUGGCAGAGGAGCAGAUAGACUUCGAGGAAGAGGAGUACGCAGGUGCUCAAAAGAUGCAGUACCAAGGAAGUGGAACUAUACCUGCACUGGCUGAUGAAGAGCUGAUGGGAGAAGACGAUGAGUAUGAUGAUCUGUAUAAUGAUGUUAAUGUUGGAGAAGGUUUCCUACAGAUGCAUCGAACUGAGGGAUCCAUCCAGCCUGGUGGUAUGAGCAAUGGAGGUCCCCAGCCUCAGAAAACUGAUGUUCCUGAACCGAGAUUGGAAACUGGAGGCUCAUCAGGAUCCAAGAUCCCUGGGGUUUCAGCUGAAGGGAAGUAUCAUAAUGCUGGGGGGCAGCAGGCUGUUAAGAGACCUGAAAUGGUAUCUGCUUAUUACCCAGAUGCAUCUUCUGUUUCACAAAAAGCAAUGCCUCAUGAUACCCAAAUCAGAAACAUGGGUUUUCAGGGAUCAACACCAGCGCCUCCCACUAUUAGGGGUGAUCCGCCUGAUAGGAAAGUUGCGAAUGAGCCUGCAUCUUUACAGAAUUCUGGUACUGGUGGUCCUCAAGGUGUCCGACAGAUAUCGACUAAUCAGAUGGGUAUUAAUUCAAAUGUUAAUCAUCCAAUGGUAAAUGAAAAUCAGAUCCAACCACCGGCAGAGAGUGGUACAACCAUGAUUUAUGUUGGAGAAUUACACUGGUGGACCACUGAUGCGGAGCUUGAGAGUGUAUUGACCCAAUAUGGAAGGGUCAAGGAGAUUAAAUUCUUUGACGAGAGGGCCAGUGGUAAAUCCAAAGGUUAUUGUCAAGUAGAAUUCUAUGAUCCAGGUGCUGCAGUUGCAUGCAAAGAGGGAAUGAAUGGUUAUGUUUUCAAUGGGAAAGCAUGUGUUGUUGCCUUUGCACCUCCACAAACAUUAAAGAAUGCAGGAAAUUCUUAUUUGAACAAAAAUCAAGGCCAGUCUCAGCCUAGGAGGCCUAUGAAUGAUGGAAUUGGGAGAGGUGGUAAUAUGAAUUUUCAAGGUGGAGAUGUAGGAAGGAAUUAUGGAAGGGGUGGCUCAGGACGUGGUGGUCAGGCUGGAAGCAGAGGUCCAUGGAGUGGUGGAUCGAUGAGGGGAAGGGGGGUUACAGGGGCAAAGAACAUGGUUGGAAAUGUUGCUGCCAUCGGGAGUGGUGCUAGUGGUGGGCCUUAUGGGCAAGGCCUCGGAGGUCCUACAUUUGGGGGUCCUGUUGGUGGGUUAGUUCAUCCACAAGGGAUGAUGGGAUCUGGGUUUGAUCCAACAUUCAUGGGUCGGGGAGGUGGUUAUGGAGCAUUUUCUGGUCCUAGUUUUCCUGGCAUGCUUCCAUCAUUUCCAGGUGUUAAUGCAAUGGGACUUGCUGGGGUUGCUCCACACAUCAACCCUGCCUUCUUUGGGAGAGGAAUGGGUGCUAAUGGAAUGGGAAUGAUGGGUCCCUCAGGAAUGGAUGGACCUCAUGCAGGAAUUUGGACUGACCCAAGUAUGGGUGGAUGGGGAGGAGAAGAACAUGGUCGAAGAACAAGGGAGUCUAGUUAUGGUGGGGAAGAUGGUGCUUCUGAUUAUGGAUAUGGGGAGGCAAACCAUGAAAAAGGAGGAAGGUCGAGUGCUGCCUCUCGGGAAAAGGAGCGGGCUUCUGAGCGUGACUGGUCAGGGAGCAAUGAUAGACGACAUCAUGAUGAGAGGGGACAGGACUGGGACAGGUCUGAGAGGGAGCAUAGGUACCGAGGAGAAAAAGAUAGUUAUCAUGACCAUCGACAAAGAGAACGUGACUCAGCUUAUGAGGACGAUUGGGACAGAGGGCAAACUUCCUCAAGAUCUCGAAGCAGGUCUCGAACAAUGCCAGAGGAUGACCACAAGUCUAGAUCAAGGGAGGGAGAUUAUGGGAAGAGGAGACGCCUGCCAUCAGAGUGACACAAUCAUGCUAUUCACCCUUUCCUCUCGUUCUUUGUGUUCCACUCUUAAUAUGCCUGCUUGGUUGCUCUGUUGUGCUUGGUCCACCAGUGGAGCUUCUUGAGGGAAGAAGGAGUGGAGUGGGCAAGUUUUGUAUUGUCAUGAUUGAAUCAGCUUGUAUUGUUGCCUGGAGGAAGAAAUGUUAGGUGGACUGCUUUCAUUUGGAUUCCUUUGAUAAAUGGUCUUGAACUCAUUCAAGUCUGCAAAAGGAAGUCUUCACUAUGUUGUUUUUCACCUUUUGUUUUUGAGCACAUUCCGGUAAUCUGUAAAGUAUGCUUCAACAGUGUCUUGUAUAAAGUUGAGUUUAUCAACAGUGUCUUGUAUAAAGUUGAGUUUAUGUAUUAGGUUGUUGCUUAAAAUUGAACUUGUGUAAUAGGUCCACAAUUUUUAAUGGCCUUUUUCAUUGUUUAAUUCUGCCUAUAGUGGGUCUGCUAAUCAGCUUGUAAGAAAUUUUUAGUGAUUUUUGAGCCUUGUUUGUUGUAGCUGAUGUGUAUAAACAAUGACAUGUAGUGAAUUUAGAGUCAUGUAAUUCACAGUUGCUAUUCAGACUGUAACUGGUCAAAAACAAAAGGUGCUCAACGUGUAAAUAGUCAUUUUGCUGCUGUAAAUAGUCAUUAGCAUAGUUCUCUC